CUUUUCCUAACAGCGUGACGUCAUCUGUAGAGCGACCGGAGGUUUCUAGGCUGUAGGAUGGCGGCGCCGCGUCAUAACGAGCGCGACGGCUUGUCUGAUCUCAGGAGGGAGAAGCAGAGAAAGUCCGGGAAAAUGGCUCCCUCUCCUAGCAAGCGUAAAGAGCGCUCUGAGGACCGGGCCAAGGAGCGAACCAAGGAGAAGGCCCCCAACAAAGAGGCAGGAGAGAAAGAUCGCGGGCGGGAUAAGACCAGGAAGAGGCGCAGCGCCUCUAGUGGCAGCAGUAGCAGCAGUCGCUCGCGGUCGAGCUCAUCAUCCAGUUCUUCCUCGGGCUCCAGCUCUGGAUCAAGCUCAGGAUCAAGUUCUUCAUCUGCUUCAAGCCGGUCAGGCAGCUCCAGCUCAUCCCGAAGCUCCAGCUCCAGCAGUUCCUCCGGGUCCCCAAGUCCUUCCCGCCGUCGCCAUGACAAUCGAAGGCGCUCCCGCUCAAAAUCAAAACAGCCAAAACGUGAUGAAAAAGAGAGGAAGAGGAGGAGUCCAAGUCCGAAGCCCACCAAAGUGCACAUUGGGCGGCUGACGAGGAACGUGACUAAGGACCACAUACUGGAGAUCUUUUCUACCUAUGGGAAGAUUAAGAUGAUUGACAUGCCCGUAGACCGCCUGCACCCACAUCUCAACAAGGGCUACGCCUACGUGGAGUUUGAGGCUUCCGAUGAAGCUGACAAAGCCCUGAAACACAUGGACGGAGGACAGAUUGAUGGCCAGGAGAUCACCGCUUCAGCAGUGCUUACUCCUCGACCCUUGAGGGUGGUGCCUCGAAGGUUCAGCCCUCCCCGUCGGAUGUUACCCCCUCCCCCUAUGUGGCGUCGUUCUCCCCCACGCAUGAGGAGGAGGUCCCGUUCUCCACGUCGACGCUCCCCUGUCCGCCGCCGCUCUCGGUCCCCUGCACGCCGUCGCCACCGCAGCCGUUCCAGCUCCAAUUCAUCACGGUGAAACUUCAUCUUCCCUCUGUCUCGACACCCUUAUCCAGCAGGCCACCCCCCCACACAAAGACCAUUUUUAUUGACAGUGCAGCCAUAACAAGGACUGUUAUACCGGACAACACGGCUGUAGCCUGACCCUCGAGGCAAUCCAGUAACACAUGGUGAUGGAGGACUUGACGUUGCCGAAGUGUCACCAUUUUGUAAAAAUAACCAGAAUCAAGUUUUUCAAUGUUUUAGCGAGUUCAAAUUUUUAUUUUUCCCCACAUUUGACCUCGCAAUAGUUACCAUACAUAAUUGCAUUUCCAAUAGUUGGAAAAAUGCUCUUUUACUUAUUAUUUAAACUGAGAUCUGCUCUCUAGACCGAGACCUGGGGUCGGCAUCCUCUGGCUGUUGGAAAACAACAAAUCCUAGCAUCCUCUAUAUGUUUCUAUAGGAAUUCAAAGUCCAGAUGAGCAAGUGUGCAUGCUGGGAGUUGUAGUUUCACCACAGCUGGAGUGCUGGAGGUUGCUGAUCCCUGCUCUAGACUGUCAGUAACUAACCCAAAUGGUGUAUCGCUCUGCACCCACAGUAACACUGCAUUUAUUAACGGGUGCUAUUCUGUACUGGAAAUGUGAGGGGUUACAACUCUAGCCAGGUAGUCUUCAUGCUCCACAGCUCUUCCCAUGGACAUGGCUAUUUGCAUCUUUCUUGCCCGUGGUGGGAGCAGGAGCUUGCAGUAAAGCUGUUGUGAAACUACAAUUCCCAGCAUGCUCCAUCCAUUUCUAUGGGAGUUCUGAAAAGAGCAGAGCAAGUAUGCAUGCUGGGAGUUUGUAGUUUCAUGGCAGCUGGUGUGCCAGAGGUUGCUGUAAGGCAUAAUGGAUCUAUAAAUGCAGCUGUAUGUCUUUUAAAGGGAUUUUCCCACAUAGAACACUUAUCCCGCUAGUCACACGAGAGAGGGUCUGAUUCGGCAGGGUCCCACUGGAAUGCAUCAUCAUUUGCACGUCUCCCACUGUCGAUCUGUUCAAACUCUGGGAGUGCUGUACUUGGCAAUCGGUCCCAUAGAGUUUGAAUGGAGUGGCUGUGGGCAUGCGUGACUGCUGCUCCAUUCAGACGUGGGACCCCUCUGUUGUGGUGGUGGGGGGGGGGGGGGACCCACAGCUAUCACUUUUUACCCUAUUGUGUGGAUGGAAGAUAAGUGUUCUUCACUGGAAGACCUCGUUAACGAAGCAGCAUUAUGUUAAUUGUGAUAAUUAUAUUUGCAAACUGCCUUUCAGUGUCCAGGGGUUAUAAUGGAACAGCUAAGGGUGAUGGACGCCCAACCUCACCCGGCCGCCAUGUUUCUUCUUUUCUUCGUCAUUUAUCACUUUAUCAAAAUGAUUUUUAGACAAAUGCAGAACUGCGAUUUGCAGGGAUCCCCUAAUGUUCCCAGAGCCUUUAGGGUGCAAUGUUCUGUUAAAUAUUCCCAGUUGCUUUGUGUGUCCCGACCUUCAUAUAGAAGAAUAUAUUUGAAGACAGAACCUGUACAGUUGACCUUCUUUACAUUUGAUGUUGCAUUCUUUAUUUUGUAGUGUUUCAAUUAUUUUUUUUUAAAUGUCUGUUCCAUAUCUGUAAACUGAAAACUGUGGAUUAAACGGACAAUUUAUGGUG